CACAUCCGUUAUUUAAGUUCAAGCUCCCCCACUUCCUCAACCCUCUAUCCCAAACUCUCCAUUUCUUAUACCUUUUAAAUUGAGUUUUAUUUAGGGUUUGCAAUGAUUCCCAAAAGGGAGCAAGAACGAGAAGCAGAAGCACUGGAAGCAAAUGAUGAGAUUACAGAAAGUAAUGAUGAAAGAUUAGCUGAUGAUCAUGAAUAUGAUAAUUUGGGAGACUGGUUGAGUUUAAGCCUCAACUCCAACGAGCCAUCCGCGGCGGAAGUUGACGCCGAUUUUCCGUCACCAAAACCCUCAAAUAGCAACAAAGUUUUCUCAUGCAACUUCUGUCUGAGGAAGUUUUACAGCUCACAAGCCUUGGGAGGCCAUCAAAACGCACACAAGAGAGAGAGGGGAGCUGCCAAAAGGUAUCACUCUCACAAAAUGAUGAUGUCAGCAAUGGGGUUUCCGUUCAGCCCUAUGGCUGCAGCAGCUAGGUCACUUGGCGUCCAGCCUCAUUCACUCGUGCAGAAACCUAGCAGCAGGUCUGAUGGGUCGUUAACGGUGGCGAGAUUUAGUGACGCCGCCGCAGGUUUUGGGAUGGCAUGGAUACCCUUCAUGCUUGAAGAAACCAUGGAUAAUAUUUGGCCCGGAAGUUUCCGGGUGGAUCAUCAAUUGCCACGACAAGAAUCAGAUGUACAUAAUAAGCAGCUGGACUUAAAUCUUCGGCUGUGAUUCUAAGCUUUCUUCCUAGUAUUUAUUGUAUUUCAAGCUAAAUUUGUCUAAAUAAUACAUGUUUUAGAGCAGAUAA